AUGCUUUUGAUUUGGACAUAUAAUACCAAGACUUUGCAUUGUUUUCCAUCAGGUGAGAAAUCUGGAAAUGAACAAGAAGAAGUUGCGCUGCAGAAUGCCAGUAAACAGAUUGUGCAAACUGCCAUCCUGCAGGCAGUUCAGCAAGUCUCUCAGGAGAGCCAACAAAAGGAGAAGAGAGUAAACAGCAGUGUGAGUCUGCAGUUAGAAAGAGGGGAAUUAACCAAGAAGCAUGAAAAGAAGUAAAAGAGUGAACUACUUGUUUUGGUCCUCCAGUUGGCAGUAUCUCCAGCUUUCCUCUUAGUAUCAGCUGUGUUGCCAGUGCAAUGUUACUACUGUAAAGCAAACCAAAGUAUAAUCAGCACCUAGACAUAGAGUAAAGCUGCAAUAGUCCUCAAUUGAGAAAUAUUAAGUGCAUUAGGUGACUAACUUCAUAUUUAUGCAGUGCCUCUUAAACAUAAUGAACAAAAAUACUAUAGCUAUAAAAUAGUUUCAAGCACAAUCUCUUCUUAAGGGAUGGUUUUAUAUGCAAACGCUUAUUGCUAGUGCACUUCUGUAUGACUCUUAUGUGCAUCAUUUGUGUCUGUUCAAUUGGCAGAUAUCUCCACUGAGUUACAGAUUUUACUAGGGAUUGGCUAUGUCAAUGAAACAAUAUAUUGUAGCGUGUAGGAGAUGCGCUUUCAGGCUCCUUGAAACACGAGUUUGUGUUUUAUUUGGAUAGAAUGUGGGCUGUACAAAAGAGCAGCUGUAAAAUGGAUUUGGAAAGUUUCAUGCACAAAUCUCUUUUCAUUCUUUUACAGUCUCUUUACAAAGUACAUUAUCUAUGACUAUAUAGUUCACUCCUUAUGCUGCAGAUGAUGUAAAUGUCCGGUACAUUUCUAAUCUUUUGCACAAAAAUCAUUUGUGAGCCUCAAAGAUUCCUUUAAUUUUGCCAAUAAUAAAAGAAAAGA